GCCAUCAGCACCACCACGGGCCAGCAGGAGGGAGAGGGCUCCGAGGGGGAAGGGGAGGCGGAGGGGGACGUCCACACCAGCAACAGGCUGCACAUGGUCAGGCUGAUGCUGCUGGAGAGGCUGCUGCAGAACCUGCCCCAGCUGAGGAACGUGGGGGGCGUCCGGGCCAUCCCUUACAUGCAGGUUAUUCUGAUGCUCACAACAGACCUAGAUGGGGAGGAUGAGAAAGACAAGGGAGCUUUGGAUAACCUUCUGUCCCAGCUGAUUGCAGAGCUGGGCAUGGACAAAAAGGAUGUGUCCAAGAAGAACGAGCGCUCCCCUGUGAACGAGGUGCACCUGGUGGUGAUGAGGCUGCUCAGUGUCUUCAUGUCCAGGACCAAGUCAGGAUCCAAGACUUCCAUUUGUGAGGCUUCCUCCCUGAUCUCCAGUGCCACAGCAGCUGCCUUGCUGAGCUCUGGUGCUGUUGAUUACUGUCUGCACGUGCUCAAGUCCCUGCUGGAGUACUGGAAGAGCCAGCAGAACGACGAGGAGCCCGUGGCCACCAGCCAGCUGCUGAAGCCUCACACCACCUCCUCUCCCCCUGACAUGAGCCCCUUUUUCCUCCGCCAGUACGUGAAGGGUCACGCUGCAGAUGUUUUUGAGGCCUACACUCAGCUCCUGACAGAGAUGGUGCUGCGCCUGCCCUACCAGAUCAAGAAGAUUGCAGACACCAACUCCCGCAUCCCCCCGCCCAUCUUUGAUCACUCCUGGUUCUACUUUUUGUCUGAGUACCUGAUGAUCCAGCAGACGCCGUUCGUGCGGCGCCAGGUGCGCAAGCUGCUGCUCUUCAUCUGCGGCUCCAAGGACAAGUACCGGCAGCUGCGGGACCUGCACACGCUGGACUCGCACGUGAGAGGCAUCAAGAAGCUCCUGGAGGAGCAGGGCAUCUUCCUCAGGGCCAGCGUGGUGACAGCCAGCUCAGGCUCUGCCCUGCAGUACGACACCCUGAUCUCCCUGAUGGAACAUCUGAAGGCUUGUGCAGAGAUUGCCACGCAGAGAACAGUGAACUGGCAGAAAUUCUGCAUCAAGGAUGACUCUGUUCUCUACUUCCUGCUCCAAGUCAGCUUCCUGGUAGACGAAGGAGUGUCCCCAGUUCUCCUGCAGCUGUUGUCUUGUGCUCUGUGUGGCAGCAAAGUGCUGUCUGUGGCUUCAUCCUCUGGAGCUUCCAGCACCUCUUCCAGCUCUGCUCCUGCAGCAUCAGGCUCAGGGCAGGCGGCGGCGCAGAGCAAAUCCUCCACCAAAAAGAGCAAGAAGGAGGAAAAGGAGAAGGAGCGAGAGGGGGAGGGUUCAGGCAGCCAGGAGGACCAGCUGUGCACGGCCCUGGUGAACCAGCUGAACAAGUUUGCUGACAAGGAGACCCUCAUCCAGUUCCUGCGCUGCUUCCUGCUGGAAUCCAACUCCUCCUCAGUGAGGUGGCAGGCCCACUGCCUGGCCCUGCACAUCUACAGGAACUCCAACAAGUCCCAGCAGGAGCUGCUGCUGGAUCUCAUGUGGUCCAUCUGGCCAGAGCUGCCAGCCUAUGGAAGGAAGGCUGCCCAGUUUGUGGAUCUCCUGGGAUACUUCUCCCUGAAAACACAGCAGACUGAGAAAAAGCUGAAGGAAUAUUCCCAAAAGGCCGUGGAGAUCCUCCGGACCCAAAACCACAUUCUCACCAACCACCCCAACUCCAACAUCUACAACACAUUGUCUGGGCUCGUGGAGUUUGAUGGCUACUACCUGGAGAGUGAUCCUUGCCUUGUGUGCAACAACCCUGAGGUGCCUUUCUGUUACAUCAAGCUGUCGUCCAUCAAAGUGGACACGCGCUACACGACCACGCAGCAGGUGGUGAAGCUCAUUGGCAGCCACACCAUCAGCAAGGUGACAGUGAAGAUUGGGGACCUGAAACGAACCAAGAUGGUGAGAACCAUCAACCUCUACUACAACAACAGGACCGUGCAGGCCAUCGUGGAGCUGAAGAACAAGUAUGUUCAUCAAGUUUUGUGUGCAGUCUCUGAAUCAGAUUCGUUCCCUUGGCUUCUUGUUUUUCCCCAAGGUUCCUCCUUAGACUGUUACUCAUCGCUCUCAGCCCACAUUGGGUGGGAUUGUUCUGAAUCCCCUACAGUUGUUGAAGCAAAGAUCCAGAUUUCCUCUGAAGCUUGAAGAAUGUCUAUAAAA